GAAUCGAUUCUGCUCCAGUGCAUUUGCACUGGUAGCGGAGCGCAAGGCCUUUAGGGGCCGCCUCUUCAUAUGUGCGAUGGCUUCUGGCAGUGUGCUGGACGGCCUCCGCUUUCAGCGCUUCGUGGCCGACGAGGAUGCCACGGGAGCAGCUGCCUCCACGACGGAAGGCAGGUAUGGAGUACCACGGCACAAUGGAGAUCCGAGCAGAUUGAAUGAAUGGAUCUUUAGGGCGAGGACCCUGGAGAGGAAGGAGGCCACCGUGACCGACGAGCAGAAGAAGCUUGGGCCGCUUACCCUGCGAUUGAUUGAGUGCUUUACUGGCCAGGCGCUCAAGAUUGCACAGGGCCUCGACAUGUCGAAGCUGGAGAAGGCCGACACCGGCCUCGACUACCUGAUUGACUCCCUCACCGAUGAGCUUCGACCCCGACGACUUCAACAAGCCCGAGAGUUAUACGAAGCCGGUGCACAGACCGGCGGCAGGCUGGCUCGUCAGCCCAUGGACAUGGGCCAGUACGUUCUCAGGCGCCGCGCAUGGUACCGCGCCCUCGUCGACUUGAACGCCGAGUUGAAGCUGCCGGAUUUGAACUGCUGGCGCAACACCCUCACAUACACGAACGAGCUCCACAGCAUCCUGGACAUCGGCCGGGACAUGGCCGAGGAAACCAAAGCAAGGGGUUCCCUGGAAAACCCCCGGUUCCACGCCUUUGCGGCUGGGGUGGAAAGCGCCACGGACUACCAGGAUGACGUGGCCCAGGAGACCGAGGACCUCUCCCAGCCGUACGAGAUCGGGACGUUUGCCGAGGAGCACUUGCCGUUCCUCACGGACAGUGGCCUGGAUUUGGAGGACCCGGAAGCCUGCGAGUGUGCGGCGCAGAUGGUGCAACUACAAGAAGAAGCGUACUACGCCGGCAAGCAGGGAUCCAAUGGGGUCAUGAGGAUUCGGACAUGCCGAACCGUUUCCAAUUACAACGUGGCUUACCACGACGACCACUACCGCAGCUGGGUGAUCGCGGCUGCACUGAUCCACCUUCACACACUCGAGCGGCUCACGGGUGGCGUAGUUCUGGGAGUGCUUGGCGGAGUUCCAUGGGUUCUCCACCAGCACAUGUCUCCCCUUAUGGAGUCUGCGCUCCACGAUCUCGUACAUCCACUUGAUGACCGGCUGCCACUUCUUCCUCGUCAUCGUGACCUUGUUGCGCGCUUCCCCGGUGAGUAUAGGUUCGUCCACGAAGUCCACGGUGUGCAGACAGGGGCAAAGGAGAUGGCGUAG